AUGGGCAGUCAGGCCCUCAUUGCCGCAGUUGCCAAGCAUUUCGGCGAGUCGCGGGCGGCUGCUGCGCUUCGGUACAAUGACUUCCCCAUGGUAGAGGUGCCAAAUCACCAGCCACUGGGAUCUGGAUGUUCGCACGGUGUGGAGGAGAACUGCAGCUGUCCCCCUGCCGCCAGCUUUGUGAUCGUCUCCCAAGGUGUCUGGCAGUCUUUCGCGGACCAACAUGGAAAUGGCGAGGAGCUCCAGGCCAUGGUGGAGGAGCGACGCAGCGUUUGCUGGCGAGACGUUCUGAAACUGAUGUAUACCCCCGGCCUUCCUGAGGGAAAGAAGCUGAUCCUACGGCCCCGGCUGUUCGAGAUUGUGGCAGGGCCGGAGAUCCUUCUGGAGACAGACCCGCAGGUGAAGAAAGAUGGAGUACUGGAUGCAAUUUCUUGGGCCCAAAGCUGCAAUGGGACGGAGCGCGUUCACUACAAGCUUGAUGGCUACGUGCUUCGUGUCCCUUCGUCGGCUCCAAAGGCCUUCCAGAUAGAGGUGGAGGCUGUACAGGAAGCCGUUGGGGGCCUGGUUCCCGGCGGCUGCACAGUUGAUGCUGUGAAGCGCUGCCUUGCACAGCUACGACCUCUCAGCUUGGGAGCGCUGAAAAGCUGCUUACAGAAGAUCAUUCGCUUCCAUGCCGUGGCGGUGCAAGCCGAGGAACCCAUCCCAUCACCUGUGGCCGCUGCCACAGCCACUGCCCUUCUCUUCGCCAAUCGCGGUGGUUUCUCCCCGGAGCUACAGCUCUUCACACGUGGCGCCACGGCCGCCUUCAAGCGACUUGCAGUGAUCCUACUGGAGGAUGGGUAUGUGAAGGAAGGGGCCACUCCUCAGAGCCUGGUGGCACUGCUGGCCCUGGGUCUGGUUACACAGCGUGUCUCUGACUACGAGCCAUCUAGGACUCUGGUAGUUGCAGCCAUGCGCUUGGCAGCCCAGGCUGCAGCUUCAGGCUGUCUCAUCGCUUGGCGUGGCAAGGAAAAGGCCGGGAAGGCCAAGGCGCAGGAUCACAUAAACGUGACGUCACAGCAGGCCACCCUGUUCCAACACGCUGCAAAGCUCCUGCGUCUGCUGCGAAGCUUCCCGGGUGAUAUGGCUAUGUUCGAUCAAGUCGCUGCCGCGAGCAAGGCGGGUAAGCUGCCUGUGCAGUACGCGGCCCGGCGCCCUGACGUCAUGCCUCUGUGCCACCUGGUGGAUCAGCAUACCUUCCGCGGCAUUGCCCAUGUCCUGGGCAAGGGUGCAGAGUCAACCUUCGCGCUUCGUUUCCAGUCGCUCUUCAACAAGUGUACAGGCUUCAACCCACGUCAGGCGGAUGUGGAGGGCUUUGAGUCCAGACCCGAGGUGCUGAGGGCCCGCUUCGCCCAACAGUGUUGCCUUGACGCUGCGCAGCAGAAGCCGAAGACUUUGCUUCCGCUCAUCUCCGAGGGCAUGUCGGUAAGCCUGGAGCUUGACCCUGGCGUCCUCUCGGCUGCUGUGGGCCCUGUACCUGCCAAGGCCCAAAGCAAGCGAGGAAGCCGGGAUUUGCUGGUGAUGCUGGGGGUGCGCUGUCCUGAGGAUGAGGUUGUAAUGUUGAAGCCAGCGAGAGCUACACGCGACCUCUUCGGCGACCUUACAGAUCAGGAGCGAGCAGAAGCCGUGGCGGCAGUGCGUCGCCAAGAGCUGCCGGUGCAGUCACAGCUGCUUCCGGGCCUGCACAAGGCCAAGUUCACUGACGGCUCCUGGCACGUCGAUGGUACACGGUGGUCGGAUUUAGUCAAGGAUGGUGUUCGGAUCAAGGUGCCCCUGGUAGCUGCUCCAGCUUGGUGCGAAACCUUGACGGCCACGAAUGCUGAAGAGCUGCUUCACAACGACAGCGCGCUGGAGGAGGCGCUAAGCGUAUCUGGAACUGGCAUGAUCCCGAAUGCGGAGAAGGUGGUGCUUUGCCUCGCCAGCUCGCUUCCGCACGCGGUGUCUUUAAGAGCAGCCUCGCUCCUGCGACAGCAGUAUGUGAGCGUGUCGAUGCCAACGCCGUCGCUUCAGGGCGGUUUGGCUGACCAGCUCGCUGCAUACGAUGGAGACUGGCUUGUGUACCGCCUGCUGGUGCUUAUCUCCAGAACCGUACCUGCCGCUCUUCGGCCUACGAUGCCGCCAAACUUCGCUGUUGCGAAUCCAGUCCUGCUAAGGGUCUUGGAAGGUUGGAUGAUGGAUGGCGUGGAGCGGGCCAUGCGAAGCCAGUCGGCACUGAACCCUGCUGCUGGAAGCUCCGCGAAGUGGGAGGGGCACUCUUCCUGGGCCGCCAUGUCUCGAGCCGACCAGUCGCUGCUAGAACACCAACGCGAGGCAGUCGACAGGAUGCAUCAGCGAGAUCGAGAGAUGAAGUGCGGAGGACAUUUCCUGAUCAUGGACACUGGCCUGGGAAAGACAGUCACUUCACUGGUCUACGCUUACAGGUGGUUGUGCAGCACUGGCGGAGAGGCUGUGCGGCGGAUCCUUUGGGUGACGCCUGCUGGCACAGUAGAGAAUUUGGUGAAGCAGCUGCGCCAGACUUGGCACUGCCCUACCCACGUCGUUCCGAGAAUCUCCGCAGCGAAGAAGCCGAAGGCGGGGGAAGGCUUCGACCUGGUGCUGAAGGACUUCAUGGUGAACGUGAUCCAUGCAGACCACCUCAGAACUGCCAUCGACAAGGGCCUGGCUGAACAGGCCACGUCAUCCUUCAUCAUCUUUGACGAGGUGGACGAGAUGUACGCGCCAACGCUACGCACAUCCGCGGCCCGCCGUCUAUGCCAAUUAUGCCCGAAGUUCGUGGCGCAGACGGCAACCCCCAUGCGAAAGAACGAGUCGCAGCUGUUGGCUUGGCUCGCAGACACCUGCUCCUUUCCCGUUGACACGAAGAACUGGCUGGUUGCAGCUUCUGGUAUGGUCUCUAUGCAGCUGGAACUAGGCAUCGCUGCAGUUGAGGAAGACAUUCUGGUGCCAAUGGUAGACGAGGUACGCGCCUUGUGCCGAAAGCUUCUGUCUUCAAACUCUACAGUGCGCUGGCUGGAGAUGGCACGUGUAGUCCAGGACAAUACGGACAAAGCCAUGGUAGAUGCUGCGCUCAAAGCUGCCAAGGAGGAUCGCAAGACUCACGCGGAUGGUGGCGUAUUGCUGGUUGCAGACUCGUUGCAACAUGCGGCGAAGCUGCGAGAGCUUUGCAGCCCUCAUCUUCCCACGGGCGAUUUCGCUUCCUUGGAAGCACCAGACGCCAAGCGCUUUGCAGUCGUUGUCGUGACGAAGGACAAGGACCGGGGCUACAACUCAGCGCGACGCCUUGGCAUCAUGGUGACGGGCGCCUAUGCGGGCAAUGCGGCCUCGCGUCAUCAGAUGAGGGGUCGACUGCGACGUCUCGGGCAAAAGCGCAAG